CAGUGUCCGACCCAGCUACAGGUGCAGUUAUCGCUCGGACAGCCCGGUCCACCUGGUUACUACUACUGCUACUACCAGGCCAAAGAAGAUGGGGUGCUGCUUUAGUAAGGAGCUCAACCCUGGCCUGCCCUGCGAGAGGAGCAGUCUGUUACAGCCUCCGCUCCACGACGGGGUGAGUGAAGGGACAGACCAGGUCAGGCAACUUGCCGUGGCUGUAGCUCAGCAUGUGUGCUUGGACGAAGAGGAGACGUGUGUGGCAGACGCAGUGGCCCAGAGGAAGCCUGCGGAAGAUGAGGAAAGACAUCCGGGACUGGACAACAAAGUUUGUAGAGAGGGGGCCGCGGUCAGCCGGGACAUUACCACUCGGAGUAAGAGGGAACCUAAAGCAGCCGGCACUCACGGAGAGAAGGAGGCUAUUAUUAUCACAAACAUACAUUCAAACAGGAACACAGAGCCAGACAUGACACAGACUGCCAGGCCCAGCUGUGGCCCGGCUCCGUAUAUGGAGGUGCGCACACGGAGUCCUGCCGAACACAAGAAUUUGGAUAAUGCCACUGUUAGGGCUAUGUGGUUCAAACAGCUUCCAGAGGGGCAGAGGCCCAAACCGGCAAAAUGUCGGUCAGCUCCUGCCAGGUUCCCCUCUCGCUCUGCUAACAACGUCACCGAGAGCGAGGUGUCAAAUGACCCCCCGCUACCGGUCGGCGCGUACGAGGAGACGCAGCGGGAUUCACCUGAAGCUGAGCUCAAGGAGGAGGAAGAUGAGGAGGUCAGUGUCUUUGAAAAAAGGACCCGGAGUUUCUACAGCCUAUGUUCCAUUGACGCUGACGACCUUGAACAUGACCACGACCCACAAACCCAAACAGCUGGCUUGGCACACUUGGUGCAAGCAGCUGAAGUAGAAACAGCUGUUCUGCCUUGCAUAGUGGAGUCUCCAGUCUUCAGCCAAUCACACGCAGAGGCCUCCACAGUCUGCCACCAGCUGUAUAUCACACAAUCUAAAAUGACCAGCCAGUCACAUGACGAGGAACCAGCUUCAGUGCAAUCGCACGCUGCGGGACAUUCUACCGGCCUCACACAUACACCCUCGGACAAUUCACUCUCAGAGGAGGAGACUCUUCAUCCUGUUGUUUCUCCACAUAUGGCGGACCCUCAGUGUGACACGCUGACCCCCUCCCAAGAUCAGAUAAACAGCGAGGAACGUCAGCCUGAAUAUUUCAAUUGUCAGACAGCUGCAAAGGACAAAGAUGAACCUAAGGAUGACAUGUUGAUGACGUCACACACAUGUCAAAGUGCAUGCGAGGAGGAGGAGAUGAUGGUGAAGGGAUCAGAGGAGUUGCUGAGUCUGUGUUCAGAGAGAAAGAGUGUGUACUUUAGGGACCACAGAGCAGAGGAAAAGUUGGAUCAGAGUGUGGAUGCUGACUUUAAUACUCUUGAAAUUCCUAUGCAUGAGUCUCACUCGUUAACAGAGCAGCAUAUCCUUGGUUCACCUCCAGCAGCAGAAGCUCUUGAAGCGGAUACUUCCAGCCGCAGUCCUCCUGACCUCAUCAUCAAUCCUCUGCACAAGGAGGGGGAUGUUUUGCCUCCAUCUCAAGGAGACAUUGAGUUGGAUAAGCCCUCCCUAAAGAGCCAGGCUACCCCCAUGAAUAUCUGCAGAGGCCUGGGUGAGAGGGAGGAUGUUGGUGACAGCGGAACAGCAGAUACGACUUUCACCAAUGUUUCCUUCGUCUCCACCAACUCUGCUCUGUCAUCUCUGCCCACCGACUCCCCCUGCCAUAACAAUCUGACUCCUCUAUCAGACAAACCCACAUCUUACUCCAUCACAUUCGACAAAUUAGAUGUCAAUUCAAAUGACCCAACAUUUGAUUUGAGCAGCGUUAAGCCUCUAGAUGUUAAUGCUUCAUUCACUGAGCGUAGUGAUGUGAGGUUUGACGACAAAGAGCCUGACAGUUCUGAUGUGAAACCUGAAGGUGUCCAGGUGUCCCUUAAAGAUUUCUUAGAUGAGACUCUUGCAGCUGUCCUCAUGAAAGGGGACGACGGACAGACUGAAAAAAGAACAGAAGUCUGUCAGAGCAGCAAAUCUGUUGAGAGAGGUGAUGUUACAGAUGUUUUUCCUGAAAUGACUACUUCCUGCACUCCACCUCCUUCUCCCUCAUCUCCAUUCAAAACACUUGAGGAUGCAGCAGAGCAAAGUUCAUGUCCAGAGCCUGAGACUAAUUCUACUGAGAGCAGACAAGUCCAACUUGAGGUAAACCCGUCCUUUAAAGUUGUUAGUGAUACUUGUAAAGAAGGUGAGGAGACAACAGCUGCCCAGGGGAUUGAUGUGCAAAUCAAGCAUGAAUCUGCAGAGAGAGUAGAACAGCCCCCCCUCGCUCCACCACCCUCUGAACUUGUUUCCUCUGACUAUAUCAACCCCAACAUUGACACUGUAGAAUGUUCACCUCAACCUGGUGAUUUAUCAAAUGACAUUCACUCAGGAGAAAUUAUUGCAACUUCUGCACUUGAUUAUUCUCCAGAAACUGCCAAUAUUUCAACCACUGAGACACCGACCCAAAGCAUCAUCUGUGACGAACCAUACAUGAUUCCCAAUGACUUCAGCUGUCCGGAUGAUUAUGUCUCAGUUUCGCACUCCCAGGAGGACGACACCAUGAUCCCUAUGGACAUGGGUCAGGUGGAUGUUUAUGCCUCAACCCCCUCCUACGAGAUACACUUCCUGGGUCAGGAGCCGCCGGCGACCACUGAGGAGGGAGAGCGGGAAGGAGGGAUGAGGGAGAUGGUGUCAGAGCUGCUGGGAGAAGACGCAGACUCCUCCGUCUGCCGCCUCUAUCCUCAGCCCUGGAUCAAGCUGGGUCUGGAGGAGACGUGCGGGGCGUGGGCGCAGGGAGCGUCGGCCGCGGAGCCCAGCCUGAGUGAAGGUCUGACGGGCUGUGACCUGGAGCACAUCCCCGCCUUUGUCUCCGAGCUGCAGCCCUCUAUGGCUCUGCUGGGAGCUUACCCCUGCAGCACAGUGAUGCCUCAGGGACCCUGUCUGUGGGAAUGGCAAACAAAUUGCACUCAGUCUGGACCUGUUGCUGCCCCCAGCCUUAACCCUGAAGCUGAGGUAUGGACCAAUCACAACUUUAACUUGGACGUCCCUGGCCCCGCCUACCUGCAGGCUGAGCAGCCAUGGCUGCAAUUCCCCAACGAUCUGACGAAUCCGGAAGUAUACCAGCCAGAGUUCCAACUGGAGAACAUGUGCCUGGAUGAGGCCGAGGUGGAGGCAGCUCCCAGCACACAGGAGUACCAGAUGCUGCCUGUGGAGGACCCUGUGGUUAAUGAAGACCUCAUUGAACCAACAGUUACAGAUGAGGCCAGGGAAGAGCUGAGGACAGUUUUGGAAUCUUGCCUGACCAGGGAGUACCUUGGCAACGACCUGUACCUCAACUCUCAGAUGGACAGCGACCAGUACGUUCCCAUCUCAACUCUGGCCAGCCUGGACAAGAUCAAGAGUCUCAGCACGGACCUGGACCUCAUCGCGGACAUUCUGAAAUCCCUGCCCAUGGUCCAGGUGACUCCGUGUGGACAGAAGGUCCGUCCCUGUCAGAGUCGAUGUGUCGUCAUCCUGCGUGAGAUCCCCAACACCACACCUAAGGAGGAGGUGGAGGCUCUCUUUGAUGGGGAGAACAUUCCCAGGUUCCUGAGCUGUGAGUUUGUGAACAACGAUAACUGGUUUGUCACUUUCAAUUCUGAAGCCGACGCACAACAGGCCUAUAGCUACCUCAGAGAAGAAGUUCGGGAGUUUAAGGGAAAGCCCAUCAUGGCGAGGAUAAAGGCCAAAACCAUGGCAGUCACUUCCUUCGCUCCAAAGAAUGGCUUCACACCCAACCAGCUGGAGCAGAGUGCCAGUCCCUACAACUCCUACUACCCCCCCAGCAGCUUCCAGCAGACCUGCCCCACCCAGCAGCUGUUCGACUUCACCAAUGAGGUGUGGAACCAGGAUGCACCGGGAUACCAAGAGUUUGCUGAGCAGCAUCAAACCUUGAUGAAUGACUUCAUGAACGGAUUCUCCACCUUCAAACCUUACAACCCACACCGGCAGAGGAGAGGCUCAAGGUGGUCAAACUCUGGAGAGCGUUGGCAGUCCAAUCAGAAUGAUCCUUCAAACCCAUCAGAGCAGGCAUCAGCGGACCGCUCCUCUCCUCCCAUGAGGCCGGGGCGGGGGCGGUCGCGGGGGAGCACACGCCGUCCCAGCAGAGGAGGGAGGACGGAGCCCAGCAGGCAAACUGCCUCGCCCACCUCUGAUCGGGGAAGGAGAGGAAACUUCAGCCAGAGGAGGAGAGAGCACGCCAGGUCAUGGGAGAAGUCUGGUGGCCGUAAUGGACCGGGUCAGUCUCCUCCUCGUCAACCGUCUCCUCCUCCUGAGCUCGGGCUGAUGAGCUUCCCUCCUCUUCCUCCAGCAAAUGCUGCCAUAGCAACGAUGCCCGCAGCUAACGGCAACGUCAAGGGUCCAGUUAAAAGCAGCAGCCCCCGUGCAGCAGCACCAACACUGUCACCAGAGCCUGAACUGACCUCAGAACACAAUGUGAAGGAGUGUGCAGAGACGACCAGUGAGGACACACCAGCUCAGCUUCCAAAGGAAACGGUCACAGAGUCCAAGAGGCCAAGCUACGCCCAGAUCUGCCAGGGAGCGACCUCCAGCGAGUCGGUGGUGCCCGCUGACCUCGUCUCUUCAGAGGUGAAGCCCGUCCCAACCUUUCCGGGACCGGAACCAGCUCCAUGUCCACGCUGAUCAGCUCCAUGUCCACGCUGAUCAGCUCCAUGUCCACGCUAAUCAGCUCCAUGUCCACGCUGAUCAUACUGGGUGGAGAAAAAUACCCCCUUUUUUUUUUUGUCUUUAAAGGUGUCAAAUAAGUUGAAAAUGUAUAAUUGUGUUAUCCCAUCCUCAAACCAGCUUCACAUGAGGAAUAGUUAGUGUGUACAGAGUGAUGUGGUGUCACUGGUGCAGGAAAAUACUGCAUUUAGCACCAAGCUAACUUUAAAGUCAACUAAAUGUACAUCUAGUUGUAAAACUAACCCUUCAUAGACACAGCUGACAGUGUUCAUCGUGUGGGGGGGGGGUCUGCUGAGCGGUUCAGGACAGAAUGGACCGGUGCGGUACAACCCCUGGGGAUAUUUAAGCUUACUUUUCAAUGUUAGGAGCAGCAGCUGUUUAGAAUCUGUAAAUGUUGAUCUGCAAUGUUUCUUUAGUUUUAUUUCUUGGUUUGUAGUUCAGAUUAGUUAGUUGAGGUAUUGAUUUAGUCUUGUUUUGCUGAUGGCACUGGCUCUUUUUGUGUGUGUUUGAUGUUUCCUCGCUGUACAGGAUGUUCUGCCAUGACUUUUUUUUCUCUCUAAAUAUUAGUACCAGUAACCCAGUUUGUUUCUAUUUUCAGACAUUUGUGUCAUUCUGUAAUGAACCACGGUCCAGUGUGUGUCAGAGUACAGGGAGGAUCAGACCUCUGUAUUGAUUUGAUCUUGAUAGUCCAAGAAUCGAAUUGAACUUGAAAGUAUUUUUCCCUUGAAAAGCACUGAAUAUUACUUCUUUAUCUUUGCAUGCGUUUUUUAAGUUUAUUUUAGAAUUUAAUUUAUGUCGUUUUUAUAAUUUAUGUUAGAUAGGAGUUCUUGUUUUGUGUUAAAGCUUUAGUCUCACUUGUGUUGAUGUAGGGAAACUACUAACUGGGUGUGGUAGUUUCUCAGCGUCCAUAAAUGAGCACUGUUACAGCACAAACAGCUUGAUUUGUAUGUGAGAACUUCAAUUUAAAUUCGUCCAAUGAUCUUUUGUUUAAAAUAUGCAUUUUUAAAUGUAGAACAGUUGUCAUGGAGAAAGAGCGGGUAUGGUUGUGGCACAUGUUAUUUUGUUUGUACAGAUGUACAUAUUUUGAACAAAUAUUAAAGUGCCUUUGAAGUUAUAAAUAUGAGUUUGUUAUGUGUUAAUGAUGCAAAGAUAAUGGACCAAUCAAAGCUUUUCUUCCCCAGAUCACACGCAUACAUAAAAGGUUUUAUUUUUCCAUUUGUGGGAAAGCCAAAAAAUCCUACACGACAUUUUACUGCUGUGAGUUAUCUGCUGCAGACCCAGAGUUACAGCACUGUUUUUCUUUGGUGGCGGUACUGUCAUAUCUCCAGCAGAUGGCACAUGAGUCCCAUUAUAACGGCCUGUUCUGCAUUAUGUGGCACCACCACUUGUUUAUAGAGGAUGAUUAGAUUCCUGGAAGACUAGGCCUAAUGAAUGGGAUGUAUAAUACUAAUGAAAUACGCUGUUUUAGAUGGACAGAUUGAGGCCCACUCAUGCGCCACGGCCACAUUAGGCCACAAUCAUACUGGACUUAAUUAAAGGCCGCUUGACCUUUUCAUAUUAAUCUCAUUAUUCUGUUGAGGUUUGGUUUCCACAUGCAGAUGCCCCAUAAUGAAUGACCACAUCUAAAGGCAAAUCCAGAAUCAUAAAGGAGACAGGUUAUCUGCAAAAAGAACAUCACUGACCAAUAUUUGAAAACUAUAUGAACUACAGUUUGUGUAAAUUAAAAGAUCUCACUGUCAGAAGUUAGGUAAAAUUAAGUCAACAUUAGAGGAAGCAGGUAAUUUCAAGUUAUAGAACAUUUCUAGUAAUAUUAGUUUAUAAUUCAAACAAUACUGUCACUCUCAAAACAAUGGCCAACAUUUAGUAACCAAUAAAUGACCUCAAAGUGCUUGGAUUUAAACAGAAAACUACUCCUCAACACCAAAGUACUUAUUUAAAACUCCCUAUUAAAUAACAAAAAUAAUCCAUAAUUA